GUGGAGCCAAUUUGGUUGGAGUUGUUGUGGUUGGAGGGUGUCUGUGGGCGUCAAAUGUUGACCAGACCACAGUGCUUGCUGCUUCUGAAAAAUCCUUGAAAUAAAGUAUUACAUUUUCACAGGACUGGGUCUCAGUUGCACACUUGAAACUCCAUCAAACUCUGUAAACCGCGUGUAAUUUCCCUCAUGCUCCAUUACUCCAACAAUGUUGGCAUUCUUUAAUUGCCAAAUAUAUAAUCUUUCUCCCUCUCACCAUCAAAUUAGGUGUCGAAACAAGUUCAAUGGGUUGUUUCUUCUGCAAAUCCCACCCCUUUUCUCUCUUGAUUUCUUCCUUUCUUUGUUUUUUUUCUUUCAGUUCUUCCUUCUCCACAGUCUCUAUAUCUGAAACUUCUAACCUCACAUUAGUGUGUGCUUUAGUGCCUUCUCCUGAACUCAACCGAUCCUCACUAAAUUGUUCUAGCCUUCCAAGUCCUGGGAUUCAAACCCCUUUCCAUCCUAAUGAUUCCUUCACUGGGAUUGUCUCUGGGGAUGGGUUUUUAUGCGGUUUCAGACCUUCGUUUUCCUCAUCAAAUGUUUCGGUCAUGCAUUGUUGGAGAUUCUUCAACAAUGGCACUACUAUGGAGUUCAAAAGGAUUUACAGGGGUCCAGCUCUCAACCAACUCGAAGCUGGAAACUCUCACAUUUGUGGUCUUAAUGCGACCAACGCUCUUGACUGUUGGCAAUGGCCCGAAUUCAACCCAACCGGGGAUCAAAACUUCUCUGAAAUCGCUGUUGGCGAAGGAUUUGUGUGUGGAUUAUCGGAAGAUGGAAAAAUUAGCUGCCGUGGAAACGGUGCUGGUGUCACUGGCGAAGAGCCUAAAGGGAAUUAUCAGGUGAUUGCUGCGGGCUUUAGGCAUGCUUGUGCCAUCAGUAGAGGUAAUGAUUUACAGUGUUGGGGGAAUACGGUGGUCGACGAUACGCCACGGGGAAAAUUCAACGCACUGGCUUUGGGACUGAACCGGAGCUGUGCAUUAAGGACUAAUAGAACUGUGGUCUGUUGGGGCCAAAAUAACUUCAGUCUGCCACAGGAACUGGAAAGGCGUAGCUUUAUUGCAAUCAAAGCAAAGAGAAAUGUUUUUUGUGGAGUUUCAACAUUGGAUUUUUCCUUGUUUUGUUGGGGUGACGCAAGGUUUAACUCCACCUCUAUGGUUUUCUCUCAAGUUUUACCGGGGCCAUGUAGGAAUACAUGUCCAUGUGGUUCAGUGUCCGGAUCAGGCUCAUUUUGCAGCAAUGGUGGAUCUAUAUGCGAAGCUUGUGUGUCAAUUGCGCCGUCCCUGCCAUCAGCUCCCUCGCCGCAACCUCAAAACAGAUCCACAAGCAGUGAUUGGAAUGGCAGAAUGAUAGCUUUCCUAGUUGUUGGUUGUGUAGGAUCCUUCUCUUUGUUACUAGUCGUCGGUUUCUUUGUCUUCAGAUAUUGCAAAGGUAGAGGUUGCCGUGUUCAUGAUUCAGGUCGCCUGGAGGAAACCGUGUCCCCAAGUCCGACUAACCGCGAUUCCAAUCAGCCCCAAGCCUCGUUAGCACACGCAGUUCUGGAGAAGCGUCCGAGCCAAUUGACAAGCUUGGCAAAUACAGGUGGUUUGGAGGAAUUUUCUUUAGAAGUCCUGAUUCAAGCCACCAACAAUUUCUCUGAGGAUCAUAAAAUCGGGACCGGUAGCUUCGGUUCUGUCUACCGGGCCACGAUGGACGAUGGGCGUGAAGUGGCCAUCAAACGUGCUGAAACGAUGACGAGCACUUCAUCGUAUGCUGUUGGUACCGUGCGUCCAGAAGAUAAAGGCAAUGCUUUCGUUAAUGAGCUGCAGUAUUUGUCUCGCCUUCACCACAAAAACCUUGUCCGACUACUGGGAUUUUGUGAAACAUCGGAUGAGCGUGUAUUGGUAUACGAGUACAUGAGAAAUGGCACACUCCAUGACCAUCUCCACAAGCUCCAGUCUUCACCCUUCAUGUCAUGGGCUACACGGCUUAGGAUCGCAUUAGAUGCCGCCAGAGGGAUCGAAUACUUGCACGAAUACGCGGUACCACCCAUCAUACACCGUGACAUAAAAACCUCCAACAUUCUUCUCGAUGCAACUUGGACAGCAAAGGUAUCUGAUUUCGGAUUAUCAUUGAUUGGUCCGGAGGGUGAGGAGUCUCACCUCUCGCUGCAAGCAGCCGGCACAGUCGGAUACGUGGACCCUGAGUACUACAGGUUUCAACAGCUGACCAAUAAGAGUGAUGUUUACAGUUUCGGUAUAGUAUUGCUGGAAUUAUUAACAGGACUCAAGGCAAUCCACCACAAUGAAAAUGGGGCACCAAGGAAUGUGGUUGAUUUUACGGUUCCAUAUAUCGGGCGUAAUGAAAUUCAUAGAAUAUUGGACAGCCGAGUCCCAGCACCAACCCCUUUCGAAAUAGAGGGAGUGGCAAGUGUAGGAUGGGUAGCAGCUGCUUGUGUCAGAGCAGAAGGUCGACACAGACCUUCAAUGUUGGAGAUUGUAAAGAGCUUGGAGAAGGCUUUGACUGACCGUUUGCUUCCCCCAACUUUCUCUCGAUCCAGUACAGAAUCCUCAACAUAACUGACCUCACAUUUUGUAUAGCGAAGUACAGAAUCCCUCUAAUUCAUUCCACUAUAUUCGUUCUUUCACAUUUUUCUUGUUUGUUGAUUCAUUUUUGUUCAAUAUUGAAUUAAAUUUUAAUUGAAAAUAU